UGUCCUGACAUGGGGGCAGGAGACAGCGGGGCUCACAGCUGUGCUCGACAGCUAGGCAAACAUCAACAAGUUAGCCGAGGCUUCUUAAUUGGGUUAACGUUAACAAUAAAGUGGCGCACGCAAUAUUGCAGCGCUCUGAAUUCCUGGCCAAUAUUGAUAGUUUUGGUAACUUUCUAUUUUAAUACAAGAGCCACGCGACUUGGGCUAAAUUGGGGCAACUGGGCCCCAGUGGAGCAGUAGACCACAGCUCGCAUAGUUUACAAUAAAAUAAAUUUAUUUUAUGUCCAAGCCUCGCCCAGAUCCACUCGAAGCGCUAGCAAAACGCAAACAGAGGCGGUUUGCCUAACUGCAAAAAUAUUUAAAUGUUGCGCGAGCGAGCGAGUUACGCAAAUGAAAUGCAAUCCUGGCCUGACUUAACACACAACUUCAAGGACAUUCGCGCACCGCUCACGUGCAGUCUGUGCACCGCCAUAACCUAGACUAUAAAUAACUGGCUGGCUAGCGGCGCUGCCUAGACAACCGAAGGGGUUGGGCAGGCCCAGAGCUGAGCCCAAUAGCCGCGCCGUGCCUGGCACGGAUCAGCGCAGCCCAAUCGACGCGACGCGACGGCUAACGCGACUUGGAUGUCGAAGGUUUGGGUUCGCCACGGCGCUGUUUCAGUAGCGCGCCAUUUGCUGAGCGCGGCGAUACUUCCGCUUCUCCAGCUGCUAGCCAGGAUGACAACCAGCGAUGAGAUGGGCACCUUCUGCCACGACCACAUUCAACAUCCGCUGAUGUGGUGCGACGAAAAGAAGCGCCUGGUCGAGCGCAAGAAUGCCGAGGAGAGCCUACGGAUGUGGCGUCGUCGCAAGGCCGAGGAAAACGCCCGCAAGGAAAAGGAUAAACAGGAGUACUAUGAUUUGUUUCUGCAGCACUGCCCGUGGGGCAGGCCAGGGGGUGGGGCGCCCAACGUGGAGGUGCGACGCAAGGACAUCACCGCAGCCGGACUGCAUUCGACGCCCACGGUGACGACCGCCCAUCGCAUCAACUCGCUGCAGCCUUGUCGCUACAACGACUACUUCACCAUGCAGAAGAAGUGCCACAAGAAUCCACUGGCCGUCUAUCACCAUCACCAUCAUCACCCGCCCGGGGCGGGCGGCCGGCUGACCCACGCCCACUCGAUUCAUCACCUGCAGGAGAGCGGCCCUCGGAGCAGCACUGUGACCAUCUGCGAGCGCGAGCUCCCGCUCAAGCCCGGCGUCAGCCUGGGCCACAAUGCCAACGGUGAUAGUAUUCACAUCGAACUGAAAGAGCACCCCUCAAUGUCGUUUCGCAAUAAAGGGCAUCUGGACAUUGAGCUGCGCUACAAGCCCUCGCCGCCCUGCAAGGGCAAGCCGAUGCUCGACAAGAUUGUGGUGAACAGCGAGAGCGAGCAUCCGCUCCAGGAGAAGCUGGCCAACCAGAAGAAGAAGCUCCAGGCGAAGCUGGAAAAGCCGCCCUGCAAAGAGCCCUGGGGCAAGGCCGGACCAGGGGGCAAGCCGUGGCGCAGUCCCAAGCAAGUAGGCAACACUUUUAUGAAAUCGCUGGGCUGGACAAAUAAGGAAAUGCUGAAGGAGCUCGACCAGGACAAUCCCGUGACUCCGGCUGAGAAGAACACAUUUCGCAAGUCCAGAGGCAACAAGCCAUCCAAGCCGCAGCGCUGCUGCGAGCUUUGCACCUGCAACUGCCCCGCCAUCAACAGCUCCAAUAGUCCACUGAAGCCAUCCCGAAAGGUCCCAGCGCCACCUGCCUGCGGCCUGCGAUCCCCGGCCAAGGAGUGCAAGCCCCACAAGCCUUGCUCCCAGCUGCCGCGAGGCCUCUGCGCGGGCAGCACCACCAACAGCACCUCGCUGGCCACGCCGGACCCCAGUGCGGAGAACGCAGGAGGCGGCGUGGAGCUGGUGCCUUUGCUGGCGCGCCGGCGCGGACUACACCGGCCCAUCAGCCUCUCCAGCACGGACGUGACCAAGCGGACGCCCUCCCAUGAUAGGUACGCACCACCCAAGCACAAGACAAAGUCCAACAAAGCGCAGAACAUCAGUAACAUCAUCAAAAACAUUAGUCACAUGAAGCGUCAUUCCAAGAACCUCAACUGCAAGCUGCAGUGCUGCAGCUGCAGCUGUAACUGCAACUGCAACGGCAACUGCAACUGCAAGUGCGACAAAGCCCCGCCUCGAGCACUGGCCUGUUGCCUCAAGCGCCUCACCCUGCUCAUACGUUAGGCUAGUCUCCCGACUGCCCCCAACUGUUGUCUCUGCUGCAGUCUUUGUUGUCUUUGUAUUUGCAUAUGUAGCAGUCUCUCUCUCUCUCUCUCUCUCUGUGUGUCUCUGUCUCAUUUUCUGAUUUAUCGAUUCGAUCCGUGUUUGCACCCGCAUUACCUUCAUUUCCGUUUCUGUUGGCAUUACUCAUUUGCUUGCUCUGCGAAAAUAUCAAAUCUGGGCUGGGCUGAGCUGAGCUGAACUGACCUGACCUCGCCAGGCUCAUAUUGACAAUAAUUUGCAAAUGAUUGCGUCAUCUUUGUGUUUAUAAUGGUUUCUCUAUCACUUCUUUUGGCUCAUCCAGCAAGAAAAUAUCAAUUGUAAUACAAGUGAAAGUAUAGCAACCAAAAGAGCAAACCCAAACUCACCAAAACUAACCGAACCACAAAACAACCCAAUGAUAAUGCAAAUCUUCUAUGUAUCCCCGUGCAAAAACGUUUGCAAAACCGAAACCGAAACCGAAACCGAAACUGAUAUCGAAAUC